AUGCGUGGAGGAGCUCGACAGCCGAAUUGGCCCCUCCCAGGACUGUUCUCUCCCCUUCCUUAUCUGCCCCGAGGUCCCUGUGGCGACUGGAAGAAAGCACUACUACCACCCCACCCCACUCCCAAGAUGGCAUCCACACUCCCUACAACCGAGGCCCAGGGACCUGUGUUGUUUGAGGAGCUGGCUAUCUAUUUUUCUCAAGAGGAGUGUGUGAGUCUGCACCCUGCGCAGAGGUCCCUCAGCAGAGAAGCGACACAGGAAUGUUUUGAGGACAAGGCCUUGAUUGCAGAAGAUGAUAAGAUUGAGAUUAAUCAGCAGCUACAUCUAGAAUCUAUGGGACUUGAAGAGCUUGCCCUAGAAAAAUGUUCCCUUGCUGUGCCCCUCAUCGAUUACCCAGAAAAGUCCUCUGAGCGUGGAGCUGGAAACUUUGAAAGGAAAACAUCAGGUCGAACUCCUGCUUGCACGAAAAGGUUCAGAAGCCUUUUAGUUACCAUUGAAAACCAUACCCCGUUGAUAGAACUAGCUCAAAGUUUAGGAACCAGAGCACUUCCUGAAAUUCUUCCAUUUCCCAAAGAAGGAACCAAAAAGUCACACAAGUGUCCUGAAUGUGAUCAAAGCUUCAGUCAUAGUUCAUACCUCGUUUUGCAUCAGAAAGCACAUGCAGGAAAGAAAAAGUGUAAAUGUGAUGACUGCGGGAAGAUUUUCAAUCACAGAUCCAACCUGAGAGCUCACAAGAUAAUCCACACUGGCGAGAAGCCAUAUAAAUGUGCACAGUGCAGCGGCAGCUUCUGCCAGCCCUUGCACCUGUCUCAGCACAGGAAGGCUCACCUGAAGGAGAAAAUCCACAGGUGUGGCAUAUGUGGAAGGGGGUUCACGAGGCUCCAGGGACUGUCACAGCAUCAGAAAACCCACACUGCCACAAAAGCCAGCGAUAAAUAUGUCGGUCAGAAAACAAAUCUGGCUUUGCCUGAGGAAAAGCACGGGUCAGCCACCCAGCAGCCGUGCAGUCCCGGCAGGAAAUGCUUUGGGCAGCCCUCGUACCCCUGCCCGGGAGAGGCCACAAGGACAGUCUGA